AUGGGAUUCCUUGCGAAUUCAAAGCUUCCAAAAGUCCAUAUCGUCAAAAAAUUCCUGAAACUCCGCGUUCCUCCCCCGUCAGUUUCUUGGGCGAGCGCAAAGCCGUGGAGCUCAGCGAUGAAAAUCUCCGCAUUUUUCAAAGCAAAGAACGCUGAUAGAGUUCUUAUUCAGGUCAUUUCUAAGGCGGAAAAGAACUUUCCAAAAUCUUCCCUUGCAAAAGUCCAUGAAACGUUUUUACGCAAGAAAAUCAGCUAUAUUUCCGUCCAACUUGGCGAAAAAGCGCAAUAUGAGAAGGCGAACAAAAUGGAUCCCUACGGCGACAUUUACCAGUUUGAUGAUUCUGAAUCGCUUUUGGAGCAAGAUAUCGUCGACAAAAUUAUUGAAGACAUUUGCCUCUCGGUGGAAGAAAAGGUCGUCGAACCGCCCGUGGAUAUUAACGAUAUUCAUGAUCAAGUUGGAGAAUGCUCAGUUGAGCAUCCAUCAGCGGAUAUUUUCUUUGUUCUUGAUGGAAGUUAUUCAACAAAACGAGCCGGCUGGGAAAGCAUCAUCGAAUUCGUCCAGCGAUUCGUCAAGAUCAAUUUCGAGCAUGGAGGCGACAUGAACUACGGCCUUCUGCAAUAUUCCGAUGUUGUCGAGCCAGUCAUUAGAUUUGAUGAUAAAGAGGGACAGCGAGAGAUAACAGAGUUCAUGAAGGUUCUGUCGAAUAUCAAGUAUCACUCUGGUUUCUCAACUUUGACGGGAACGGCGAUGAAAUAUGCUGCGGAGAAGGAGUUUUCCCCGGAAAGAGGAGCAAGGGAAAAUGUCAGAAAAAUCAUGAUCGUGGUCACUGACGGAAGAUCCAAAGACCUCGGUGAAAAUGCGGUGAAAAUCGUCGGCGAAAAUCUUCGUCAAGCAGGAGACUUGGCCGUUGUCGCUGUUGGAGUGAACAAAGCAGUGGACUCCGAGCUUCUUGAAAUCGCCAGCUCACCCGAGCUCGUCCACAAUACAAAGAAGUUCACCGACUUGCAAAACUUCCUCAGCCCUGUUUUUGCGGAAAUCUGCAAAGAAACCGGAGGAGAAACAGUGAAAGAAGGAAGAACGGUGGAUUUGGAAGGUGAAGAUGAAUUUGAUUUUGAGGUACCUUGCUUUACAAAUGGAACGUGUUCGAUGCAAACUGAUAUUGUUAUCGCUCUCGAUGCUUUCAGCGAAGUUCAAAAAGUCGACCAUGCAUGGCAACGUCUUUUCGCCAAAUCUCUCGUUUCGCAUUUCGACACCUCCGUCACUAGAAUCUCCGUUGAACCGAUCAGCAGAGAUCAUGCGAGACUAGAAUUUCCAUUCACAGAGCCAGAAUCGCAAGAAGGAAUCUGCGACCGAAUCGAUGGACUCAAAAGCGAAGCUCAAGAAUAUCGCGGCUAUCAUUUUUAUGAAGGCUUUUAUCCGGAAGCUGCUGAAGCUUGGUUCAAAGACUCCCUUGGCCGAAACAAAGCAAUUGUGGUGAUAAAACAUCUCGCAGAAAACGAACCCGAAACGGAAAUCGACCGAACUCAAGUAUAUUGGGAAGGAACUUCUGACGAGCCUGUUGUUUUUGUCGUUGCGAUUGGUGUUUCUGAUUAUUUGACGAAAAGCAUCGAAAAAUUGUUCAAACUGGCGGGUCAUUCCGACCGAGUCUUUUUCAUGCCGGAGUGGGAGAUAAAUGAUGCUCAGUAUAUUGCUGGAAAUAUUGCAAGCCGAAUCUGCUCGAUCGAAGACGAAAUCGUCCCAUUUCUCCCUCAACCUUUCCCAACCCUCAGUCCCGAUGAACAAUGUAUCGCUGAGGACCACAGUUCUGGAGGUCUUCCAAUUUGUUGCGCCCAAAUCGACCUUUUUAUUGGUUUUCAAUCAGCGGGAAAUACAAUCGAAAACCAGAAAGAAUUCGUUGAAAAGAUUUUGGAUGGCUUUGUCAGUUCUGAAAAGCACAUGACAGUUUCGAUUGGGUCUCUUGGAGACACUGGUUUCGAACAUGCAUUUUUGAGGAAAUACAAAGGCUCAAAAUUUUUCACGAACUCAGAUCGAAUCGAUGAGGAAAUUGCCGCUCAAAACUCAACUUAUGAAUACCGAGUUUUCUUGCAUGAUCUUUCGCUGCUCAACAAAAAUGAGUUCUUUUCGCAGAAAAAUGGUGCUCGUCAGGGUGCGAAAAAAGUCUCCAUCAUCUUGUUUGGAACCCUCUCAGAAACACAGAAGCGCAAUAUUCUCCCAACUUUCGACCUGAUCUCAGAAAUCCACGAUGAGUCUCGUGUGAGUUCAAAUCGUGACAACUCAUGGAUCAGCCCUGACAUGCGAAAUCAUCCAAUCAUCGGAGUUACUUUUGGAAAAAGCCGAGAAAUCGACAAUUUCGGCGAAUACGUAAAAGAAACUAAGGGGCGAGUUUACAACGUAAAGAACAGUUUUGACCUUGAUGAUCUCGUUGAGCCAGUGAGGAAAGAAAUCUGCAGACAAGCGGGUCAAAUCGCGACGAACAUUCCAACCCCGAUUCCGCUCAGCCCGCCGAAGAUCAUUCUCUAUCUCUUGACGACUUCUUUCAUCCCCGAAACACUUGAUCUCAACUUUGCUUUCGAAUCGAUUCUGGCAGAUCUUCACUCGAAAAUGAAGACAAAUCUCCAGAUCGAAUUCGUUUUCUCUGGAAACGGUCUUCAAAUAACAUCGGACAAUUAUAAAUCCUUCGGCGUUUGGCUUGAUACAGACUUACCGAACUCGAACGAUCCGGAGAAAUUUACUUUCCCGAAGAACAUGAUCAAGCGAUUGGCGACGAAAGAUCUUCGUCUUGGCCAAGUUGAGCCAGAUCAGCUCGUCUUGAUUUCUUUUGGGUAUCUAGCAGACAGAGAAGGACUGGAAAACUUGACGAGCGAAAUUGAAGCAACUCCUGAUCACAUUCUUAACGGAUGGACUCAUUAUGAACUCGAUGGUUGUUUGAUCGAGAAUCCAGGAGAAAACGGAUUCUUCAAGACCCUUCAGUUGAACGGAUUGAAGCAUUUCAUGGACUUGACGGUGCUGGAAGACAGUUUUAUUUAUGAAACAUCUGGUGCUUUGAUAAACCAAGAAGCCACAAUAUGGAAAGACGCGAUUCAGAUGCAUGAAACUUGUCGAUCCGAUCCUCAGUGCCACCAAGAAAUCGAUGAGUCUUCUUAUGUCCUGGCUGUUUAUGAUCAAAACUCUUCAGAACUAUGUUCAUCGAUGGAAAAUGAUCUCAAAAAAGCUUUCGGAAAGCAUUACUCACUUUUGAAACUAACCCCCGUGAAUUUCGAUAAUCUCGAAAAAGAGCUGGAAAAGCUCAUUUGCGAGGCAGAUCCGGAGCCAAGAUAUUUCAUCCUCGCUUCAGAAAAUGACCAGAUUCCAUCCGAGUUCGACCGAUUUGUUCUCAAGAAGUCGCCAACAGUGCAAGUUGCAUCUGAUGCAUAUGGCUUCUACGCAACAAGUGCAGACGAUGGGGACUUUUACAAUUCAAACGAAAAUUAUGACUCGACAUAUGGUUCAGACUUUUAUGGCACACGAAAACGGAGAAGCGCUGCUGAUGAUUCAACUGUUGAUAGUAUUUGGUACGACAAUGGGUCCAAUCUUUAUUCAGUCACAAUGAAGGUCAACGGAAUAACUGUCAUGGAAGACAUCAAAGGUCUUUCCUUGCUGGUCAAAGCCAAGGAAAUCAAAACUGAGGAAUUCAUGAACAGUCUACGAGACAGUAAAGUUUCUUCGAACGUCUUGACUCUCAGUCAAGGAAGUGACUCACGAUCAAAGGAAGUCAAGAUCUCGAACGGCCUCCCAUGCAAAAUCAAAGAGUUUUUCUGCCAGGAGUUCGAACAAGAACUGUCUGGAAGUGGGAGUGGCGACGGCAGCGGAAGCGGCUCUGGAGACUAUCAAAGCUCUGGUGACGAUGUUGAAAGCUCUGGAAUGGAUCCUGUUGACUUAACAACUUCAAAAACGAGUUCAACGGAAGCACCAGCGUUCUUCGAUUCAUGUGAAAUCAAAUACGAUUCCUGCGCGGUGGAAAGUGGGUCAGUGUCGAUGACCCUGAUCAUUGAAGUUCUUGAAACAACAGACUAUUCUGCAAAACUCGAAGCUCUUCUUCAAUCAGUAUUGAAAACAGAAUUGUCGCUUGAAAAUCUCGCUCUGUAUUUCAACGAAGAUCUUGUAUUCAACGGGACAAUUUCCGACGAAUUAGCGAAAACACUUGUUGAAGAAUUGAAGGCUCUUUCCUUUGAAGGUGUCGAUCCAACAAAGAUUCUAGCGCCAACUCCAGAUUAUGACGAUUAUGUGUCAGGAAAAGACGCUUCGGACGACUAUUAUUAUUAUAGAAAACGAAGAUCUGUCGACGAAAAUUCUACUGUAGCAAUUUUCGUUCCUGAUGAAAGUUUGAACGAUAAUGUGAAAGAAGAAAUCGAGCAAUAUGCGAUCAUUCUUGAGCCAGAGGAUAGUGAAAGUCUGCACUGUUCUUUUGCCGCUCAUCUUUGUCCGGAAGAAGCAACAACAUCGAACUCGCCCUCGACAGCUCCGAGAACAACUACCCCGGUUUCAAUUCAAACAACAAUCGAAACCAAGGUUCUGAACACUCCGAUCUGCAUGCGUCCAAAGUCGCACGGAACUGUCUGCAAAACCAUUGUCGAAUCCGACUCCCAAAUCGUCAAUGUCCUUAUCUACAUCCAUGCCAAUCGCCGAACUGAUGAAGAACUUGAAGAGAUUGUCCAAAACACCAUCAUUUUCACAACUGCACUCGACCACAAAAACGAGGGCGUCACCCUCACACUCGUCAUCAACGAAAAAGUAAUUUUCAUCCGACAAACGCCUCAAGAAGUCGCGGCUCUUUUUGCAUCCGGAUUUUCAAUCAACUACUCUGAAAUCCCAAGAGAGCUGUUUUACGACGUCCAGAAAAGAGCUGAUAUCCUGGAGGGAAGAUUCGAAAAUGAGCCUGUUUCCCUUGGAGACUAUGGAAACUCCUAUCAAGAUGCAUAUGGAGAUGCUUAUGAUCAAACUGAUUUUAUAGCUACUGAUGAUUAUUAUGCUUACAGGCGUCGAAGAGAAGCAGAUGAUGAUAAAGAGAUUCCAGGAUUCGAAAAGCUUGCGGAAAUGAAGGACCAGACUAAAAUCAUCUUGAUUUUCCCAGAAGCAAUCAACUUCGAGGAUGGUUGGGAUGCGGGCCCGAGAUUUAAUGAUUUCAUGACAAGUGCGAAAAUGAGUGACAGUGUUUUCGUUGGUUUUAUCGAAAUCGAAGGCAAGGAUUUCGACUACCGCGAUUCCGGCGCCUGGCAUUUCAACAUCGAAUCAAUCGAGCAUUUUUCAUGCACCGUCUCAUCCCUCAUCUGCCAAGUUCUUCGGGAAAAACAGACGAUACUAGCUGAGCCGGUCAUCAUGCCGAAUUUGCCGCAGACGAUAGAAGGAGCAGGAGUGAUUUAUGUCAUGGUAGAUAAGCAUAUUGAUCAUGCGAAAGUUCUAGAGGAGUAUAUGAACAAUCUGAAUGCGACCUUCUCGGAAUCCGUUAAAAUCAAGACCGCUCUUGCUCGAGUAAAAACCGACCAACUCACUUUAGAAGUUCCCUCAAAAAUCUACGCUUUUGUCGGCGAAGUUCCAUCGGUCGUGUCCCAUUCUCAUGCUGGAGGCGCUGCAAGAACGUUGGGAGAAAGCCCGAUUCAGCUUAUCACAGUCGGAAUGGACGAGUUUGAGGCGCAAGAAUUGAUUGAUUUUGUCAAGAAAAUCGACAGUGGUUUUAAUGGAGAUGCGACGAUGAGCUUACCAGCUGACGAUGACAGAAACAAGAUCAAUUCCGCCGUCGUUAAAAUCCACGAAGACAUCAUUCAUGUGACAGGCGCUAUCGUCCCAAGCGCUGUUUGUUCAUCUCAGACAAUCCUACCACCCUGUGAAAUCGACGAUGCUGUAGUUCACUUCUACAUUGACAUAUCGAACAAUAUCCAGGAAGCCUCAAGGUCGUACUAUCAAGACGUCAUCUACGAGUUUGCUGAAGCUCAUCAAGCCCUUAUGCCCUUGAGAUUGAGGAUGAAACUCUCCAUCAUCCAGGGGACUCGAAAAGGAAUUUCAAUCGAUUAUGUCCAGACUUUCACGGAUUUCAACGAUGUCAAGGAGCAUUUGAACGUGAUUCUAGAGCAGAGUAGAUCUGGUCUUGUCCAAAGUCACAUGGUUUUCAACCAGAUUUUUGCGAUGGAGAGAAAGGACAACGAGUUCUCGGUUAUCAUGAUCAGCUCCAGUCCAACAAACAAUGGCCGCCAAAACCCAGCUCCACUGAAGAACGCAGUCUGGAUUUUCAACAAUGAGGAUCAACUGAAUCUUGUCGACAGCCAAAGACCUAUCAGCUUCUCGGACUUCGAGAUGAAGAAAAUUCAUGAAGCGAAUGAAUUCAUUCAAAGAAUAUUUUGCCAGAACCAGAAUCCGGAUCUCAUCGGCGAGCUCUUUAUUCCAGUUCUUUCUUCCCGUUGCUACAUCGAACACGAGACAAAUGGAUAUCUUGAAAGACUUCAUUUCGAUGGCGGAUCAAUGGUUCGAGAUGGAAAUUCUUGCUCAAUAAAAAUGUGCAAAGACCGCGAAAUUCUUACUUUCUGUGACAGAAACUGUCACAAUUCUUGCCCUGAAACUGGCGUCUUUGAUGUUGAUACUUGUACUUGGAAUUGCGAGAACGUUUGCAAGCCUCUUUACUGA